CAACCGGAAGUGCGCCGGUCCAAAAAGAGACCGCCCCGUUUCUAAUCAGGUGAGACCGCGAGGGCGCGACUCCUGCCAUUGCUUCUCAGCGUUCCCCGGAGGGGGGCCGCAUCCCCUCGCCCUGUCCGUCCACCAGUGGUACACUAAGCAUGCCCAGCAGCAUUGGAGCAUGCUCAGGAUGGUUCAAUGAAGCUCCUUUGCGUGUUCUGCCCCAAACCCCUGUCCGAGUUUCCUUUCUGAUUAAGAUAUCAAAGCGAUGCAAUCCAGAUGCCACACCGGAGCCGAGCGGGAGGCGGAGGACGGUGAGGAUCACGUCGCCACGCUGGAGCCGGCGGGAGGGCGGGCCCAUGGCGGCGGCCUGGCCCGGGAGGCCGCCCAGGACAGCAGAAUGACUCCGUGUUGCUGGUGCACAUCGGAUUCCAUUGCUGACCUCUUACUCCGCUAUGCCUCCAAGUCCUUCCUCCCCAGCCAGCUUGCUUCAGCCAACGACGACCUCUGCUACUGCCUGGAAUGUGUGGACGAGUAUCACAAAGCAAGGGAUGCAGCGCCCUCCUUGCACAAGGUCCUGUGGGAGUUGGAAACCACUCGCCUUAUUACCCACUUUGAAAAACUGAAGGUGACUGAAGAUGACCUCUACCUUGUGGAAGAAGACAGGGAGACCCCAUUGCCCUGUUACACGGGCCCCGACUUUGAGAAACACCUCAGAAUGCCAUUACUCGAAAUCCUGAAGUACCCAUAUCUGCUGCUUGAUGAGCGUCUUUGUGAGCUCUGUGUUGAGGCGCUGUGCAAAAUGGAGAAAAUGAGCUACUCGUUUCAGGUGGUGGACAAGCACCCCGGGAUCUACCUGCUUAUGGUGCACCCCAGUGAAGUGAUUCGCCGAUGGGCCAUCCUGGCAGCCAGGAACCUGGGGAAGGUGGACCGGGAUGACUACUACGACAUUCAAGAGGUGUUGACUUGCUUGUUCAAAGUCAUUGAGUUGGGCCUCUUUGAAAAUCUGGAUAUUUAUAAUUCCUCAGAAUUCGAGAAGGGAAAAUUCAUCCUGUUGCCUUCCCACCUGUAUGACACCCGCAACUACAAAAACUACUGGCUAGGCAUCUGUAUGUUGUUAACAGUGUUGGAAGAGCAGGCGAUGGAGUCGUUGCUGCUUGGCCCGGACAAGCAAAUUAACUUCGUGCAGUCCAUAAUGUCUACUAUGGAGAAGCCAGCCGAUGAUGAAAGCAAUGAUCCUUUCUGGCCGGCACUGCACUGUUUCAUGGUGAUCCUGGAUAAGCUGGGGUCCAAAGUGUGGGGCCAGCCCAUUGAUCCGGUCCAGGCGUUUCAGACCAUUAUCAACAGCCCAAGCUACAAGAAUGAAAUAAAGAGCAUUCGACAAAAUUGCCAGAGGACUAAAUCUGAGCCGCUGUCUGACUAUGGAGACGAAAUGUCCAGCUGCAGCCAGCUUGUGUAUAAAUACCACACUGACAAGCCCAAGAAGGAUGUGGGCUGGAAAACCGCCAUCUGUCCGGAUUACUGCCCCAACUUGUACGAAGACAUGCAGACGUUGGCCGACAUGCUCCAGCACGACGUGGGCCAUGACAUGCGGCUGCACAACAGCACGUUCCUCUGGUUCAUCCCUUUUGUUCACUCCGUCAUGGACCUCAAGGAGGGAGCUGCCUACAACGGGGAGGUCAUCCACCACCUGUGCUCAGAAAUCAAAGACGUAUUCAACGAAGCCAUCCAGUAUUGCGACAAAGCCUCCGAGUUCUUCAUCUGGAUCCUGCUGUCGGUGAUUGAGCUCCACCACAACAAAAGCUGCCUCCAGUUGCUGUGGUUCACCUCCCAGAAGUGGGUGGAGGCCAUGGUGAAGUGUGCCAAGCUCCCGAGGACCGUGUUUGCCCGCAGUGUCGACAGGUCGUCCCGGAAGGCCCCCAGGCCCCCGGCGACCAUAUUGUCUCAGGGAUCUGACUCGGUGCAGUCGGCAUGCAUGAAGCUGAUCCGUAGCCUCCUGAAGGAAGGCUACCAGCUGGGGCAGAAGGCCGUGUGUGAGCCGUUCCUCAACAACCUCAACUUGUUUGUGCGCAGCGGGGCGGGCCACAAUGAAGGCUGGCAGCUCAACCCCCAGGAGACACAAGAGCUCCAGGCGUCUUUAAAGCAAGUGCUAAGGAGCAUCAAGGAUAAAGCAUCACAUCCUUCUGCCCAUGGGAGAAAUGCUGCCGUUUGCCUACUUCCUUCAUCCCCUCUCACAAUCAAGCAGGAAAAAGGAGUGCAGGAAGCCAGAAGCACAGUGAAUAUGUGCCUUGAGCCGCAACUGCCCUAUUCAUCGCCGUUAAGGAGGGAUGAAGUUGACCCAGAGGGGAGAAGUAGUGGUUUGGGUGAGAUGCGUAGGGAAGCCUCUUCUUCAGACCAACCUCUUAGCAGAACCUCAAGGUUCCUCCUGGACAUCAAACAAGAGCCAGAAGACCUUUCAAUACAGGAAGGCAUCAAUUUGGGCUGCUCCAGGUUAGCAAAUGAGCCGAAGGAUGCCCUGAAAAAGGGAGCUGACUGGACCUCGAAAUUAAAGCAGCUUGUUACAAGUAGUAGGAGAGGAACUGCCACUCUGGGGCCCGCAGCUGAAAAGCCACCGUCCGCCAAAGGUGGAGGUGGUGGUCUGGAAGGGCAGGGGGGUGAAAACGGGGCAGCUAGCUGUAGCAAAUUAAGCAUGGGGUUGGGCAGACCAGAGGGGAGGCCAGCCAGUGCUUUUCCGGUCAACCCACUCUCAAUAAAGCAGGAGCCAAAGGACACCCCGAUGGAAUUCACAAGCUGCCCGAAAGUCCAGCGUGCCUUGGAAGGAAGCAGCAGUGAUGACGAAGAUUUGGACAAUGUCCCGUUGACACAGAUCCAGCAGACGCUGAUGAUGAAGAAGAAGAAAUCUGCCACUGCAGCCAACCAGAUGACCAAUUCUCAAAUCGAUAGAGACCUCUGUAAAUUGUCGUUAGCCAGCUAUGCCAAUGUAAUCAAUUUCCCUGUUGACUCAAGCCAAGAAAGCACCAUGUGUUUUCAGGACCACAUUAAAAGGAAAGUCCGGGGAACGGUCCGAAGUUGGUCUGAUAAACCGAAAGAUGACUUGCCGUCUCGCGGAGGCAAGCCGCCCAAUCCAGUCAUUGUUAUUUCUGACUCUUCUUCAGAUGAGGAUGAAAAGGAUAAAAAAGAAGAAACCACAAGUAUAUGUCUCAAGAAGCGAUCUAGCCCCCUUCUUGAAAGUGCCCAGGAGCCGUUGGCUACCUCUAGUUCCCCAGUGCCCGGUGAGGAAGGCGCGUCACAGUGUUUUGAGUUUGAAACUGACGAGGAGAUCUAUUCCGCCUGGCUAGAUAGCCAGAUGGAUGAGAAGAUGGUGGAGGAACCAGGUCCUCCCGUGAAAACAUGGAGCUGCAGUAAAUCUCCUGAUGCAGAGACCAUAAGGCAAAUAAAUGACUGGGGUUAUGAUACCGACUACCUCGGGGAUGAUGUCACUGAAGAAGCAGCAGAAGCUCUUGAGCAACAAGUGCAAAACAGUAAAACUGAAAAGCAGCAGGUACCAAACCGCGAUAGUAAACCAGAAGCAAGACCUCGUGCAUCAGCUGAUGAAGAAACAUCUGGGAAGGGAAAUACGCCCGCUCGCCCCAAGUAUUUCACAGAGAUGCGUGCGAAUGAUGGCGAAUGUUCCCGGCUCAAGGAUUCAGCUCUGCCUCUUAAGUCCACAUCUGCUGUCCAAGGUUCUUCUGCGAAGCCAGGGAAGGUUUCAGUCAAAUCCCAGCGGAUUAAAGACGCUCAUAAAAGUCCUAUGAAGAAAGUUUGCAAGCCCAAUGCCGACAGCAAAAAGCUGCCGCAGACGGAACCGGUUCGAUCUGCCCCUGCUGUGAUCCCACAAGUGAACGUUCGCCGGCGUCCGUCCCCAAAGUCGGCGGUGGAAAAUCUUCACCUGAAAAAGCUGCCUCGUAAAGCAUACGAUCUCUCUCAGCGUUCUCUGGACUCGGUGACCGAACUGCGCGAGCAUGGCAAAACGGCUGGCAAGCUGAUUCCUCUGCAGAAAAGAAAGUCAAAAUUGAUACCGGCUCCACCUCUUGUUGGUAGGAACAGGAAAUUAUUCGCUCCCAAAGAACAUCAGUUCCACCGGCAGUCAAGACCCAAAGAGAGGGAGAAGGGGGGGUGCGCUCAAAAAGGAAAUCCUGAGGCUCGGGCUGCAAAAAUCGCCAAACCGCCAGAUCCAAAGCCGUGCCUUCAGCAGCCUGCAAGCAGGGUGGUGGAUGAAAAUCGGAAAGAAGGGACCAAGCUGCUAGCAGCGAGAGAAAAUGCCUCCAGCAGUGAGAGAAAACCGUUAAGGCAAAGCUCAUUGGAGAAGGAGGAUGUCCAACCGUCACCCACCUUUCCGAUGAACAAGAAGUCUUCGUUGACCAGACAAAACUUGGCCAACUCUGACGGGAACAUCCAAGAGAGUACCACAGUUGUUCCUAGUCUUCUGGACACUUUGUGUCCUAUAACGGAAGGUAGACAGACCAACUCUGUGGUCUCAUCCGGUCCCUUGUCUCACCCUUGUGAUGAGGGAGCCAUUUCCAAAGACAGCAUGUCAACAUCCCGUGGGGACAUUGAAGAGGAGGAGGAGGAGGACGGCUUGUUUUUAACGCAGAUGGACCCGGCAGACAUGGAGCUGUGUUCCCAACUAGACAUAGACAUCGAAAUAAAUAUCCCCCAAAGCCCGUUAAGUAUUGAGAUGUGCCGGCAUGUCGGUUGUACGGAAAAGGCGGCGUCCGGAGAGGCCCACGGCAAGAAGCAUUCUGCUCGCGACCCCCCAGAGCACGUCUUUGCAAAGCCCUCGAUGCCUGCCAAGCUCUCCACAACCAAAAUCUUCAGCUCCAGCAGUUCCUCGCGGAGUGCCAACCUCAGCAAGGAGCUGGCGAUCACUUCAAGGCCCCCAGCGCCACCGAAGAACAAAUCGGACCCCGCCAAGGCCACUGCCUCCAAGCCGGACGCUUUCAGGCCCCAGACCCCAACGCUGAGGAGCAUUCUUCGGCCUCAGAAUUUGAACCACGGCCCCCAGUUGCAGGCGAUGCAAAAUGCCCAGAGGGCGGGGAUUUCCAAGGUAAUGCCGGCCCUUGGAGGCCGUGCCGAGCAAGAGGCCCGCCCCUCCUUCCCCCAAAGCCAUGCUGGGCAGAGAGACCACAAGAAUUUCAUCCGAGAGGUCCUGAAGUGGAGCUAUGACAUGUUUGCCAACUUCGGCCGUCUCGGAGCCCCAGAUAACCUCACCCAGCCGAUUGUGGGCUCGGUUCCGGUUCAGUUUCAGGACUACAACGACUACUUCAAAACGUUCUUUUCCUUAAUGAUGCUGAAUGCCUUUGAAAUAGUGGCACAAGAAUGGCUUGAGAACCGGAAGUCAAAAGAGCAGAGGUCUUUCCACCUGAAUCUCCUGAACUUCACUUCGGACUUGCACAAAGCGGAUUUUACAGUGGAGAUCUUGGAAAGCGAUCUGGACAAUCAGGUGCAUCCCAAGGAAGACGAUUUGGUUUUCUUAACGGUGUCUGAAAAACGGAAGUCCUAUUGCGAGGAAAACGAGGCAGACAGCCUCCUGGUGCAUCAUGUUGGCCUUGUGAGUCGGUUCUCCCCUCCAUCGGGCCGUGACACUAAGAAGAAGAGAGAGAAGGCGGUUGCCUGCCACCUCUCGAUCCAGACGCAGGGGAACCUGUCCCGCAUCGACAAGCAAGUCACCUGCGUGGUGGUCAGCUCUCUGGUGACGACGCAACGCCGCUUCCGAGCCCUCCUGCUGCUGGUCCGGAGCCCUCUGAGCAAGCCCAUCCUCCAGCCCAGCUGCACCGACUUCUGCCCCAAGGACCUGAGCACGGACUCGGAGAACAGUGCUUAUUACAUGAAGGAAUUCAACCGAGACCAACGGAGGGCCAUCGAUACGGCUUACGCCAUGGUGACCCAGCAGCCUUCCUCGCCCAAGAUCUGCCUGAUCCACGGGCCACCUGGGACCGGGAAAUCAAAGACGAUUCUUGGACUCCUGUGCCGCAUCUUGAAUGAGCGAUCGGGGAAGGAGAAUCCCGUGCAGAGUCUGAAUGCCAAGAUCAAGCGGAACCGUGUGCUGGUUUGUGCCCCGUCCAACGCGGCUGUCGACGAACUGAUGAAAAAGAUCAUCCUUGUGUUCAAGGAGAGAUGCCAAGACAAGGCGAACCCUUUGGGGAACUGUGGCGACAUCAACUUGGUGAGGCUGGGGCAAGAAAAAUCCAUCAGCAAAGAAGUCCGCAAGUUCAGCCUGAAUGACCUGAUCCACCACAGACUGAACAGAGCAGCACUUGGCAAAGAUCAAGAUCUGCACAAGAGGAAGGAAGAGCUGGAUCAGCAGCUAGACACACUUUCGCGCCAGCGUGCUAUGGACCGAAGUGAGAACAGAGAGAAGAUACAACAGUUAGAAGAGGAAAUCUGCAGACUUUCCAAGGAGAGACAGAGGCUCGCUUCUCAGCUGAAGGAGGUCCGCGGGCGGUCUCAGGAGAUGAAGGCGACCAUCAUCCUGGAAUCGCACAUCAUCUGCUGCACGCUGAGCACGAGCGGCGGGAUGCUGCUGGAAUCUGCGUUCCGGAGGCAGGGCUAUGACCCGUUCAGCUGCAUCAUUGUGGACGAGGCAGGUCAGUCUUGCGAGGACGAGACUCUCAUCCCGCUCAUUCACGGCUGCAAGAAGCUCGUCCUCGUUGGCGAUCCCAAGCAACUCCCCCCGACGGUGAUCUCGAUGAGAGCUCAGGACUACGGCUAUGACCAGUCUUUGAUGGGCCGGCUGUGCAGAUACUUGGAGGAGCAGGUGCAGGGGAACCUCAUCGGAAGAAGCCCCGUCUUGGAGCUGAGGACUCAGUACAGGAUGCAUCCUGACCUCCUCGUCUUCCCUUCCAGCUACAUCUACGGCGGGAACCUGGAAACCAAUGGGCAAACGGCAGAUAACCGGUGUUCCUUGGAGUGGCCGUUCCUAGCAUACUUGCUCUUUGACGUGCGAGAUGGCCAGGAGGAACGGGAAAGCGACUCCUUUGUUAAUCCCCAGGAAGUGCAGCUGGUAAUCGAGUUAGUGAAGCUAAUUAAGGAACGGAAGCGGGACAUCAGCUACCGCAACAUUGGCAUCAUCACGCCCUACAGCGCACAAAAGAAGCGGAUCCUGGAGCAGCUGGAGAAGAGGUUUAGAGAGAGCAGAGCUUGGGAAGUCGACACAGUGGAUGGAUUCCAGGGCCGGGAAAAAGACUGCAUCAUUGUGACCUGUGUGCGAGCCAACAGCACUCAAGGGUCAAUUGGGUUUCUGAAAAGUCUCCAGCGCCUGAAUGUCACAAUUACCCGAGCCAAGUACAGCCUCUUCAUCCUUGGACAACUGAAAACACUCAUGGAAAACAAAGAUUGGAACCAGCUGAUUCAGGACGCGCAGAGGCGGGGCGCCAUCUUCAGGACCUGCAGCGGCAGCUUCAGGAAAGACGCCGCCAAGAUCCUGAAGCUCCCACGGGGGCUCCCGAGCGCAGCCGGAGGGGAGCCAAAGGAGACCCCCGGCCGAGAACCCCGGCCGCCCUCAGCCACCACUGGUGCUCCAGCACACCGGAGCAGUGGGAUCAGGCCUGCACCUCAGGACACCGCCGCCGCCGCCUCCUCGAAGAACUUGCACCUUCCUGCUCAGGCGAAGCCUCCCUCGGAGAGGCCGCAAGACCCACGGCUGGCUCGGAGGGCCGAAUCGGCAGCCUGCCGAGAGGGCCACCUCUCGGCCUCCAGGGGCGCGGGGGUGGUGUUGCCGCCUGCCCCUCCAGGGCAGAGGGAUCGGAGCGCCGCCGCCCUCCCCACCGCCUGUUGGAAGGGAUCCUCCAGCAAGCCUGUCCUGACGGUGUACCCACAGGGCUCCCCUUUCGCCGCCGCCUCGCCCCGCACCGGCGACCACGGCUGGCGCGCUCCGGGUGCGCCGGAAGACGCCAAGACUCCGGGCCGAGGGGCCCAUCCAAGCCCCACGGAGUGGGCCAAGGACAGGGACCAUCCCUUCAAGGGCAGGAGAUCCUCGGAAGAGGCGCUGGAGAGCAGAAGCCCAGCAGACACCAAGCGGAGGAAGACCACCCCGUAGCCGGCUGGUGCGCCGGGCUGGGUUCGGCCUUUCCGCCGGCGGCGAGGCCAGCUCCUGCCCAGAAAUGGCUGCCUCUUGGGGUGACUUUUAUACAGCCCCAAAGCCAUAUGCUUGAAAAUCACACACUGUAAAAAUGUUUAAAGCCAUGUAUAUUUGUAUAGCAUAGAGAAGAAUUAUUUCUGGGCUGGGGAUGAGCGUGAUGGUGGCCAUGUUGGGGUUCCACGCUGGCCUCCUGGCCUGGAAAUGGGCUUGGCAUGUUGGCUCGUGCCAGAACUCCGAGCCGGCCCAGCAGCCAUGGAGCACUCCUCCCAGUGAGGGCUCCCCCCCCCCCCGGCUGCUGUCACAUCCGUCUUGGUCUGAGGCAAGCCCAAGAUGGCUUCUUUCUUUGUCUGCAUUUUGCUUCUUUUUGCUAACAGAGAAGUGCCCCUUUCUCCCUCUAAAGGGAAAAAAGAAAGAAAGAAAAAUAUAUCUUUAUAUUUAAACCGA